AUGGACUCUGCUGGGUUGCUGGAAACGUAUCUCGAUUUUGACUCCGAUGAGAUCAAUCAUAUUUCAGAAGAGCACACUUCUGAGUAUCACAACCGAUCGAAUAGCGAGGUAGAGUUUGAUUCUGCUCACCAAGCUGCUGAUCGUCACCCUGGAACCCCUUUUCGAUCUUGGCUUCCAUCCGCUCCCUUAGGUGACUCUAGCCUUGCAACUGUAACAGAUUUCCACUCGCCACACCAUCCUCGGUCACCUGGUCCAUUUUUUAACAUCUCGCAAACGCGACAUUCGCAUAUUGUGUUUCUACUAUCUAUAUGUCGAGAAAAAAUUCCUAAUUUCAUUCUACCCUCUCGUCAUGCAUUGACUCGGUACCUGACUUCAUUUUGGGAAACAUUCCACCCUCAGAUGCCUUUUAUCCACUUGCCCACAACAAGCUUCCAGGAGUUAUCUCUCGAGGAAAUUCUCGGCUAUUCAUCCAUGGGAGCACAAUACAGAUUCGAACACCGAGUGGCGGAAAGAUUAUUCUAUGCCGGUCAAGCAUUAGUCUUGGACAAAAUUGGGAACAUCGAAAGUGAAUCGACUACUCGUACCUUACAUCUGCAGAGACCUAUGAAUUGUGGACUUCCAUCCAUUGAAAGGUCUAUCACCCGCUCAAUUUCAUCCUCGAUUCCCGCAGCAGAUCACGGGCAAGAUUGUUCGAAAGCGGAGCUGUCCCGUCAGAAUGCAUUGGUGAGUAUUCUACGGUCAUCAUUGGCAUUAAUGGCUUAUUCUGCCUGGGAAUCACCUGGCCUUGUACAGGAAUCUACAAGACUAAGAAAUGUGGUCAUCGAGUGCUUAGGAAGGCUCGGCAUGCGGGAAGCCAAUAGCAGCCCAAAUUCUGAUACUUGGGCGGAUUGGGCCAGGGCUGAAUGUUGCCGCCGAGCCCAACUUGUUGCUUAUUGUUUUGUCCACACAUUGGGCCUCGCAUACAAUCAUCCACCAGCCGUGAUGGCAAGUAAUAUACUGCUUCGACUUCCCUGUGCUUCAGCGGAAUGGGGUUGUGCAACAGAGAAAGAGUGGAAAGUCCGACAUUCAAUGUCUAUACCGCAGAUGUCUUACAAAGAAGCCUUAUCCCUGCUUUUGCGUAAUCGGCGGGACUCCUCUGAAAUGCCCGUUCUUACAUCGCUAGGUAGUUACAUGAUAUUACAUGGACUCAUCCAGCAAAUUGAUCUCCUACGUGAGUUGUCUGAGCUCAAAGUCGAAGGUUCAUCAGUGAAUGGAUAUGAAGAAAUUGAGGACGCGCUGCGAAAAUGGACUUCAAUUUGGCAAGCAAUUCCAGAAUCGACUCUGGAUCCUCGAAAUGAGGACGGACUUGUAUCUUUCACCUCAAGCGCGCUUCUUGGAUUGGCAUAUGUUCGUCUUCAUCUUAAUACCGGGCCCCAUCGGCGACUGGAAACACGUAACCCGGAAUUGAUCGCCCAUUCACUUAGCCACUUAGCCACACUAGGACGCGAUCCUGCUUUGAUUCCUGCGCUUCUUUAUGCCGUUCACGCUUUGAGUAUUCCGGUCCGACUCGGUGUGGACUUUGUUGCUCGAAGCCAAGCCUUAUCUUGGAGUAUAAGGCACGCGCUUGCCAGUUUUGAAUGUGCUGUUUUUCUUGCGAAGUGGCUAGCUAGUAUACAGCAAACAGAGUCCUGUGAACCGCUGUCGGAAAAUGAGAUUAGAAUGCUGCAUUGGGUUCGCCGAAUUAUUCACGAAUAUAGAACAUCAGUCGAUGUGGAGGAAUACGGUAACUACUACGUCUCAUCGAUCGCAACGAGCGUUGAUCAAUUGGAUUGCUCACAGCUUGGCAUCGAGACUCUCUUGAUAUGGUCACGGUUCUUCCAGCACAAUGUGCAGUGGCCUUUCAUCAAUGUUAUGGGCUUUGGUCUUGAGGCUUAUGCCAGAAAAUUCCAAGAAAAUGGGGAUGAGAUUUAG